CUUUUUAAUUGAAAUGUUCUAAAUUGUUCUGUUUUUUGUAGGCUCUGGACCAGGAAAAUCUCUUGAUGUACAUCAUUAUCAACUCCGUACAUGUAAAUAUUAAUAUUUCCUCAUGAAUCUCUACUUUUCACUACUACUUGAUACUAUCAUUGUCAUACUUUCCGUGGUGUCUCCAGUAUUUGCUGAUUUAGAUUCGGACAAACUAGCUCUUCUUGCAUUUGCUGAUGCUGUGCCCCAUGGUACAAAACUCAACUGGAGCAAUGCUACUAAUGUUUGUAGUUCCUGGCUUGGAAUCAUCUGUGCUUCUAAUGGCACUCGUGUGUCUCAUAUUCGACUUCCUAGCAUUGGACUUACGGGUCCCAUUCCACCCAACACUCUUGGAAGACUGGAAUCACUUGAAGUUCUCAGCCUUAGAUUGAAUCGCCUCACGGGAAGUAUACCAUCUGAUGUUCUUUCUCUUCCUUCCCUCCAUCGUCUUUUCCUUCAACAUAAUAACUUCACCGGAAACAUUCCAGCCUCAUUUCCUCCCCGGAUGAAUGUGUUAGAUCUAUCAUUCAAUUCAUUUACCGGAAAAGUUCCAGAAACAAUCCAGAAUUUAACUCGGUUAACUAGAUUGAACCUCCAAAACAACUCCCUUUCUGGGUCUAUUCCUAAUAUCACAUUCUCAAGACUCAAAAAUCUCAACAUAAGCUACAAUCAUCUUAAUGGUUCUAUUCCAUCUUCCUUUCAAAAUUUCCCAGAUUCAUCAUUUAUCGGGAAUACUUUCUUGUGUGGGCUACCUUUAGAUCCUUGUUCACCUCUAAUCCCUCCGUCCCCUUCUGCUGUGUCCAGUCCUCCUCCUGCACCUGUUGCCCCGCAAAAGAAAAGCUCAAAGAAGCUUCCAUUAUGGGCUAUCAUCGCCAUAGCUGCUGGAAGUGGUGCUGUAUUUAUACUCUUCGCUAUUAUAUUGUUCUGUUGUUGUUUAAAGAAAAAGAAAAGGAAUGAAAAUGGAAGUCGCGUGCGAACAGGGAAGUCUUCUGCUGGUCAAAGGAGUGAAAAGACCAGAGAAGAAUUUGGUGGUGAAGUACAAGAGUCUGAAAAUAAGAUGGUUUUCUUUGAAAGUUGUUCUUACAGUUUCGAUCUGGAGGACUUAUUGCGGGCUUCAGCAGAGGUGCUUGGAAAAGGUAGUUUUGGGACAGCAUAUAAGGCGGCUUUAGAGGAGUCAGUAAUCGUGGUAGUAAAAAGGUUGAAAGAUGUAGUGGCGGGGAAGAAAGAAUUCGAACAGCAGACGGAGAUCAUAGGAAGAAUUGAGCCGCAUCCAAACGUAGUGCCCCUACGUGCUUAUUAUUACUCAAAGGAUGAGAAGUUGCUCGUUUAUGAUUAUAUAUCAUCAGGAAGUCUGUUGACACUCUUGCAUGGAAACAGAGGUGACAGUAGAACUCUUGUUGACUGGGAAACUAGAGUCAGGAUUGCCCUCGGAGCUGCACGAGGCAUAGCUCAUAUUCAUGCUGUUUGUGGCCCCAAGUUCAUUCAUGGGAACAUUAAAUCAUCAAAUGUUCUCGUUAACGAAAGUGGUGAUGGAUGCAUCUCAGAUAUCGGUUUAGCUCCUCUUGUAAACUUCCCCCCUUCCACAUCCCGGUACACCGUCGGCUACCAAGCCCCCGAAGUUAUAGAAAACAGAAAACACUCCCAUAAAUCCGAUGUCUACAGCUUCGGGGUCCUACUCCUAGAGAUGCUCACAGGAAAAAAACCGCUUCAAUCUCCAGGAAGAGAAGACAUGGUUGACCUGCCUAAGUGGGUUCAGUCGGUAGUCAGGGAAGAAUGGACUGCUGAGGUUUUUGAUGUCGAGCUUAUGAAAUUUCAGAACAUUGAGGAGGAGAUGGUGCAGAUGUUGCAGAUAGGCAUGGCGUGUGUUGUGCACGUCCCGGAUAACCGCCCCACCAUGAAUGAAGUGGUAAAAAUGAUCGAAGAGGUUCAUCUAUCUGACUCUGAAACCCCUCCAGCUUCCCACCAGAACAAAUUCAGAGACCUGGAUGUGCAGACACCUUAAUUCUAAUUUCACCAUUACACCUGUUUCACUCAACUAUUUACCCUACACUUUUCUUUGAUAAAACUCCUGUGGCUCCUGCCGUCUAGCAAAACGGAAACACUUCAUAUGACAUAGGUAUCACGGUACAGGUUUCUUUUUCCUUUUUUUGUAUAAUAAAUUAAUUAUUUUACAUUUGUUAGUCUUGAUAAUAGCAAAUCGAUAUAACUAACAAAUAAUAUUGAUAUAAUAUAAAUUUGUAAUGGGCCUGA